CAAGUAGUGCGAUGAAGUUCUUUAGCGCUGAGGGGUUGAACUUUAGUUGGAAUAGUAUGUCCGUACGAGUAAUUAGAGGAAGGAAAGAGAAAUGACGAAUGUCGCUCGCUCGUCAGCGCGCGCAAAAUGUUUACGUAACAAAAAACAAGUGCAUACGAAACAAAAGCUUUUCCUUUAGCAUUCAUUUGGCGAUGAUCGAAAAUGAAAGAUGGCGGCUAGGUUCAAGACUGUGUACCAAAAUUCAUUCCAAGGCUGUACGCCAGCUGGUGUUCUCAUGAGAGAAAUGGAAAAGAAGGCAGAAUACAGAAGGAAAAGACGACAAAGUGAAUAUUCUGAAGCAGGUUGUUUUUUUCCACCUGGAAAGAUAAACUUCGAAGAUAAAAUGGUUUACCGAUCUGCUUAUCAGCGCUAUUACAGGCAGCCAAGAUGGGACGAUUCUUCCGUGGAAGAAUUCCAGCAAAAGAUGAAGUAUCGAGUAGACAGAAGAAGUAUUGAACACCAGCAUCAAGCGUGGCUUUGGGACAGCGAUGAUGAAGAGGACGACAACGUUGAAGAAAUACCGAUAGACCACAACAACAACAACAAAGGCAAACAAGAUGAAAUCACACGGACAGAUCAAGGUGAAAACGAAAGGAGAAAUAAAUCAGUGCAAGCCUGGUUGAAAGAUCAACAAGGUCUUCAAGAAGUAGAAAAAAGACAUGAGGUACUAAGACCGAGAGAUCGGAUUAGACCAGAGAUUGAGCAUGCCAAAGAAAAAAUACACGACAGAAAUCAAGCGGAACAACCACGCGACAUUAAAAAGAAACUCUUCGAUGACGAACGACGGAGGCAUCGAUCUCCUAACAAGAAGAUCGAAGUUUCAAGAGAAAGAAGGUCAGCUUCGCCUUCUAGAGCGCCAAAUUUAGGAGAUAGAAAACGUCACCCUCCUUUCUUGGCGUACGGCUGGGCAAACGAUGGCCCCACUGAAUACAAGAAGACACACAACAUAUUGGCGUCACAACAUGAGGUGUACCCAGCAGCUUUGAGAGCUGCCAAACGAAGACAAAAUGUAAUUAAAGAAAAGGUAAAACUGCAUGAAGAAGCCAUACGAAAAAAAGAACUGGUUGCUCCUAUAGCAGAUGAAGAAGCAAAACUGUUUGCAAAGGAUAUGUGGAUCACUGAAUAUCAGAGGAACUUUUGCCAAGCAAAUGACAUUAAGAGGCAUUUUGGUAGAUAAGGCAUGAAGGUCCUGUAAAGAUUUUAUUUUUUAAUUAUUAAGUGUGUAAAUUUUGAUAUGGUAGAGUGUAAGUUUAGGGUUUUACUCAAAUUAAUAACAUUAUAUAUGUGUUAAUUAUUCACUUGUAUUAUAUUUUUUUAACGGUAACUAACAGACAAGCAUUAAUAUUUUUAGUAAAAUAAUCAUUGAUUAAAAAACACAUUACCCUGGGGUCCAAAGGUUAUUUGUUCUCACUCAGGCUCUUGCUGUUUUGAAGGGUGGUGCUCACUCGCUACAAUGAGAGGAAGUGAAAUAGAACCUGUGGAGCCUAGGGUAUCAAUGCAUAAACAAUAACUGUUAGGACAUUCGACCGUCAUUAUCCAACAUAAACAUUUUACAAGCAUAAAUUUAUUUGAAUUGUUAACCACUUGUUACAAAAAGUCCUAGCAAUAAUAAUGUGAAAUAACAAUGCUUAUUUUUCAAAAAUAAAAUAAAAUAUUUAUGUAUGUGCUUGCCUCUCUGCGACACAGGUUCAAUUCCCGACCUUCCACUACCUUACAAUAAAGCAUUUAUUUUAACUUAUAGUUACUUGUCAUGACAACCAAAAACAAUGUUCAGAAUUUAUUACAUGAAAAAGUAGCUUYAUUACUUACAAACCCCACUUUCAAAGACAUGUUUACAAGUAUGAACUGUACCUAAGUCAUGCUCCUUACAAAUUAGGAUUACAUCUUUUUGUUUCCAAGAAUGCAGAAAAUAAACCUGUGAAAAAAAUACUAAAACUAAAUAGUACUAAAUUGUGCAAAACACUUUGAUAGAGUGAAUACUACAGUAUAUAUCUAUGAAAUAGUUAACUAAUAAAAUUGUCCUACAUAGUUUUUAACGAAUAUAUAUGAUGUGCACCAUAUAUUUAUGAAAAAAUCUUUGUAAGAAAUUGGACAAAUAAGUAAGUUCAGUGCAUCUCAGGAGACCAUAGACUUUGCACCAAUUUGUAGAAUUUUAAUAGUUAACUUUUUCACAGGUAUAUGGUAUGCCCUCUACUUUGUUUAAAUAUACCCCUUGCAUGUUACAUCAAAGCUCCUCAAUAUCUGGGGGACAAAACAAAAGAAUUCCGAUCUCCUGAGAAUUGGAACCUAUUGUUUUGUUUCCCAGAUUGAGCUGCAUUCCAUAUUGCUGCAAGGGGUCUAUAGUACUAUGUAGUAAGAAUUAUUUAGUACAUUUUUAUGGAUUUAUUGUGACAUGCAAUUAUAUUAAUAAUCCUUAGCUUUUGAUUUUAUGUAACAUCUAGUUAACCACAUCCUUCCAUAAUAUUCUACUUUUACUCAUUUAUCCAAUUUUACAAGACUUUAAUAACUGACAACUAAAGUAAACUUGAACUUUUUAAGCACAGUUCAACCUUCAUCCUUAUAUUGUCUUAUACAUUUUUUUACUCACAUUUCUUUGUGACUAAAAAAAGGCAACCUUAGGCAUAAAUAUGUUUUUCCAUUUUAAACCAUGGGAAUAAGCAUUUUGUUUGAGUCUAUCCAUAUUCACAAAAAAACAAAGCAAUGAUACUCUAGGGAAUAACACUCUAGUGGUCUGAAAUGGAAAAACAAUAUGCCUAAGGUACGUGUAAAGAGGUCUAUCUGCAAUAUGUGUGUUGUAACUUUUCUGAAGAAAUUUAUAGCAGAUAUGAUGGCAAUGUU